CAAAACAAAGCUUCAACUCAUCUUGUUCAAGUGCGUGCCAGCGGUCCCUGCCUAGCUUUUCAGGUUUCUCCGUCACCCCCAUUAGGUUCCCUUAGGCGCGUCUGGAUCGCCGUGUCUCCCUCAUCUCUCCUCCCCGCCUCCGGUCCUUUGACUGGUUGGCUUACAUUGCCUCUCUUUCUCUUAUCGAAUCUGCCUUUUGUUUUGAUUUCCCAUUUCUGAUCUCCCCUCACACCCCCUCACAUCCAUCCUAUCCCUCUAUCACGCAGACUUCUUCACCCAUGACAACAAUGCCAGUCAAGAAGCGCAAGUCUGAAGGCGCGCCAGCGGCCGAAGAAAGCAAUUCCCCCAAAAGAGCUGCUGUCCCUGAUCCAGCUACUGGAGAGAAAAGGAAGAGAGGUCGUCCUCGCAAGUACCCCGAAGGAAGUGGCCCCAAGCCUUCCCCGGGUCCGAAAAGGGGCCGGGGUCGUCCCCGCAAGGACCCGUCUGCCAGCACUCCCACGAAACCGAGUACUCCCAAGGAGGGCAAGCGGCCAGUCGGAAGGCCUAGGAAGUAUCCCGCUCAGAAUGGGGCAGACACACCGACAGACAGAUCCACGCAACCGAAAUCAGAGUCAGCAGAUGCCAAAGCCGACGAUGAGGCGGAUGAAGAUGAUUCCGGCCGCUCGUAUUGGUUGAUGAAAGCAGAGCCCGAGUCGCGCCUAGAGAAGGGGGUUGAUGUUAAGUUCUCCAUUGAUGACUUGGCUUCGCGUAGCAAGCCGGAGCCCUGGGAUGGUGUGCGGAACCCUGCAGCAAGAAAUCACAUGAGAGAGAUGAAGAAGGGUGACUACGCUUUCUUUUACCACUCCAAUUGCAAGGUGCCCGGAGUUGCGGGUUUUAUGGAGAUUGUACAAGAACAUACACCAGACGAGUCUGCCUUUGACCCUGCACACCCGUACUACGACGAGAAAUCUAGCCGGGAAGACCCCAAAUGGGACGUGGUCCACGUCGAGUUCCGACGCAAGUUCCAGAACUUCGUCUCAUUAAACGACCUCAAAGCUCACGCAAAAGCGGGAGAUCCGCUCGAGGACCUUCAGGUCCUGAAACAAUCCCGGCUCAGUGUUUCCCGCGUUACCAAGAAGGAAUGGGACUUCAUCCUAGGGUUAGCCAAGGAAAAGGAGUCAUCAUCAUCGGAGGAAGAGAGCGCAGAAGAAGCCAGCGAGUAGAGGAAGAUACGAAAUUUCUUUUUCAUUUUCAUGUCAUUUCAUGUUUGUUUUUCCCACUUCCUUCAAAGAGACUCCGGGGUGAGUCUCAAAGCUCUCCACGGGCGUCUUUGUUUCCUUGUGUACAAUGAACCGGGUUCUUGUCUGUUUCGAGGUGUUCCAAUAAUGUGAAUGGUAUUUUGAAUGAUCACCUACUGAGCACGGGUCCAGAUUUUGGACGAGACGGCAUCGCCUGCUAUUAUCAGGUCUUCCCUGGUACAGAACUUUCCUCGUAACCUAGCUGUGUCAUUCCUGCCCAAACUGUAGAUGAUUUAUAGACCCAGACUUUUAACACGUUGGCAAGGCAAAAAGUUGGCAAGGGGUCUCUAUGAGAUCGGCAGUCGAACGGUGGGAAGCCGGAUAACCGGUAGAUAAAUGAUUGGAGAGAGUGCUCCGUCAUGAAGGACCAUGAGGAGGGGAAGGCGGGGAAUGGGCUUGGUCAUUAGAAGUCUAUCAGGGAUAUAGAUGCACGGUGAUGUGUUGUGAUGAGCGGAUCCAUGGGUCGG